AUGACCAUCCCCGCCGCAGACGAAACUAUCUUCCCAACAAACCUGGGCCCCGAGUAUGUCGGCUUCGACCAUAUCCUCUGGUACGUCGGCAAUGCCAAGCAAGCCGCCUCAUACUAUAUCACCCGCAUGGGCUUCAGAGCCAUCGCCUACCGAGGUCCAGAAACGGGUUCACCCUACCUGGCCAGCUACGUGAUCGCCAACGGUGACGCGGUCUUCGUUCUCACGGGACCAGUCUGCGGACCCUCUCGAACCGAAUCCGAGACGGAGAGCAACAAUGCUUUACAACGGGCGACGGACGAGGACCGGGCGGUGCUAGCCGCGAUCCACGAGCAUCUCACAACACACGGAGACGGAGUCAAGGACGUCGCGUUCCGGGUAACCGGUGACGUGGGCGCGGUGUGGAAACGCGCCGUUGAUAACGGGGCUGCCGCCGUGGCGGAGCCGAAGAGUGUAAAGGCGGACUCUGAAGGGGAUGGAUACAUUACGAGAGCGACGGUGGGGACGUAUGGGGAUACCGUGCACUCGCUGGUGAAUCGGGAGCAUUACAAGGACAGUGCGCCGUUUUUGCCGGGGUAUCGGGUCAUUGAUGAGGAGGAAGAUCCUAUUAAUAAGGUCCUGCCAUCAGUCCGGUUUCUGGAGAUUGAUCACUGUGUGGGGAAUCAGACGUGGGGUGGAGUGGAUCGGGUUGUGAAAUUCUACGAGGAAUGUCUGGAUUUCCACCGCUACUGGACGGUCGAUGACAAGGAUAUGUGCAGCGAUUACUCUGCCAUGCGUUCUAUCGUGGUAGCAUCGCCAAAUGAGGCGAUCAAAAUGCCCAUGAACGAACCUGCCACGGGCAAAAAGAAGUCUCAAAUUGAGGAAUUCGUCGACUACUACCACGGCGCAGGUGUCCAGCACAUCGCCUUCCGCUCAGAAGACAUCGUCUCCGCGGUCACAAACCUCCAAGCCCGGGGCGUCCAAUUCCUCAAAGUCCCCAGUACAUACUAUGCCGACCUCCGCCGGCGUCUCUCCCACGUCUCCUGGACUCUAAGCGCGGACGUCGACGUUCUAGAGAGACUAAACAUCCUGGUCGACUUUGACGAGCGUGGAUAUCUACUGCAGAUCUUUGCCAAGCACGUCGGAGAUCGACCAACAGUGUUUGUGGAGGUGAUUCAACGACAUGGAUUUGAUGGGUUUGGAGCGGGUAAUUUCAAGAGUCUGUUUGAGGCUUUUGAGAGGGAGCAGGCUUUGAGGGGGAAUCUGUGA